GUAUAUUUGAAAGUGAAAGAGGGCGCGAAAAUAUUUAGUGCACGUUAUGACGGAGCCACGCAUGAGGCUGCGCCAGAAGGGCCAGCAGUUUCCCACGCAAGACUUAGAAGCCUUCCUCCUCGCCUUCGGCGACAACGACUACCCGCUCCCCGAAACCGUCCGCAUCCUCGACGAGAUAAUAACAGACUACAUCAUCGAAACAUGCCACGAAGCCGCAUCAGUCGCACACCACGCCCGCCGCGCAAAGAUCAAGCUAGACGACUUCAAAUUCAUGCUGCGCAGGGAUACGGGCAAACUGGGCCGAGUCAGCGAGAUGCUCGAGACGGACAAGGAGCUCAAGAGGAAGCGGAAGGCGUUCGACACGGAUGAGGGCGCUGUGCUUGCUGAGAAGGACAAGGGGGAUGAUGGCGGUGCGAAUGCUGAGGGCGCAGGUAAUUCAAAUGCAAAGGAGGGCAAGAAGAAGAUGGGUAGACCGAGGAAGGCGGUUGUGGAUGAGGACGGCGACGACGGCGAGCCUAAGAAGAAACGCAAGAAGAAGGGCAAGGGUGCGAGGACGGACGAUGGAGGCGAUGACGCAAGUACAGUGCGUAGCGGAUGAUGCGCCUCUCAUUCCUACACCGGAGAGUGUGUUUCAAUGGGCCGCCUGCGCGCAACAUAAAUUCUGGCGUACCGUCGAUUUGAGCAUUGCUGGGAGUUUGGUACAAGGAGUAUUGGGCGGUGCAGCCUAUGGUCUAGAUUUCUUUCUUUUUGGGGG